AUGGUCAAGGUCGGCAUCAACGGUUUCGGACGCAUCGGACGCCUCGCGUUCCGCCUCGCGUACGACCACCCCGAGCUGGAGUUUGUUCACAUAAACGAGUUCCCCGGCGCGGGCGAGUCGUCCGCCUACCUCGCCAAGUACGAUUCCGUCCACGGGCAGUGGCCCAAGGAUUGCGCCUUCGUCGACGGCAACAUCGUCGUCGACGGAAAGCCCAUCUCUUACUCCAGCCACUCCACCCCGGGCGACGUCCCGUGGGACGAGCACGGCGUGGAGCUCGUCCUCGAGUGCAGCGGCGAGUUUCUCACCCGCGCGAAGCUCGAACCUUACUUCGCGAGGGGCGUCAAGAAGGUGCUGGUGUCCGCGCCCGUCAAGGAGAAGGAUGACCCGGUGCUCAACGUCGUGUACGGGGUGAACCACCACGAGUACGACCACGACAAGGACCACAUCGUCACCGCCGCGUCGUGCACCACCAACUGCCUCGCCCCCGUCGUCGCCGUCGUCCAGAAGAACCUCGGCAUCGUCCGCGGCUCCAUCACCACCAUUCACAACGUCACCAACACUCAAACAAUCGUGGACGCGCCAAACUCUAAAAAAUCCGAUCUCCGCCGCGCCAGGUCGGGUCUCACGAACCUCGCGCCCACCUCGACCGGGUCCGCCACCGCCAUCGCGCUCAUCUUCCCGGAGCUGAAGGGCAAGCUCAACGGCAUGGCGGUCCGGGUGCCCCUGCUCAACGGCUCACUCACCGACUGCGUCUUCGAGGUUGCUCGGGAGACCACCGUCGAGGAGGUCAACGCGCUGAUGAAGGAGGCGUCGAACGGGUGGCUCAAGGGGGUACUGGGGUACGAGGAGCAGCCGCUGGUGAGCACCGACUACAUCAACGACGAGCGAAGCGGCAUCGUCGACGCGCUGAGCACCAUGGUGGUGGACAAGACGCACUUGAAGAUGUACGUCUGGUACGAUAACGAGUACGGAUACUCGGCGAGGAUGGUGGACAUCGCCCGCAUGAUCGCCGGUAAGAUGUGA